AUGCUAAGGGUCCAACAAGGUCACGAUUCUACCGUCACCAUCGUUUAUCCGGCCGCACCAGCUGUCAUUACCCUGAAAACGACGACCCUUCCUUAUGUAACUCUUACUUGGACAACCGAGGAUGCCCUGAUUGCAGCUGGUCACGACUGUCAACCCGUCCUCUAUUCUGGGACAGCCUCCGGGUGGAAAGCCAUAGGGUCCCUGGAUGACGCCAAUGGCCCUCGUUCGUCCAUUGCCUCUGGUGUAUCCACACCUAGUACACCUGGUCGACUCGGGAGCGGUGGUGGACCACCAGUCGGACGACUCAAUAAUGCUGCCUUCAAGCGCUUCAACGAGGCAGACUCUAAAGGGAUGAGUAGUCCUAUCCCUGGUACCCCCUCCAGUCCUGGUGGAGGGUUUUUCGGAGCUGGAUCGAUCUCUGGUGGUGAAUUGAUGACCCUUUCAUCAGAACACAAUUACCAGUGUUCGGCCCUAUGA